CGCACAUAUAAAUGGUAAGACGCCACGUGCGACUUUGACGAGUCUAGACUGUGCGUAUCUCAUAUAGGUACCUAGCUAUAUAAUGGCGAGGUAGAUAUUUAAUCUGAUGUGCCAUCGAAAAUUAGGCACACCUUUGAAUACAUUCCUGAGUACCUAGAAAUACUUGGGUAGUAAAGUGCAUCAAACCUUGAAAGCUUCACCUAGGUGACUGUCCGCUCUGAUGGGUGAUCAAAUGACAGUUACUGCGCUUGCAGACAUUAUCAGGAAGCAGGCGGAAAUACUCGAGACCAGUCUCCCGCGGCACGCUUACACCGAUUAUCAUGGCGAUAAAAGCCUCAGUAUCGCAAGGUCGAAACUUCUCGAGGCUUGCGAUAAGCUAAACCAUCUCGUUACCGGUCCUAUAGAAUAUGUAAUGGGUAUCGCCCAAGGUCAUCGCGUGCAUGCAGCCUUGCAAUAUGUAUGCCACUUUCGGCUCGCGAGCUUCGUGCCUGCGGAUGGCACUCCAAUCCCGUACGAGGAUCUAGCGCACGCUGCCGGUGUCGAUACUUCCCAGUGUACACGGGUGCUGCAGCUGCUCAUGACAUACCAUAUCUUUCGUGAGCCGGGUACUCGCAUCGUUGCGCAUAACCGUAAUUCCCGCGUUCUGCUCGACGAAGACACUGGAGCAGCAGUUGAGUGGCUAACUCAGGAAUCGUUGAGGUCGAGUGCAUUUUUCACGGAGUCUAGGGCUAUGAGUCGAAGGUGGUCGAUUGGAGGGAUGGAGGGGGUUGGGGUAAACGAUGUUGCUAUCGAUUCAAGUGUGGAUGUGGAUGCGAGUGCGAUUGCUGGAGAGAAGGGUGCUGUUAAAGGGAGGGUGAGGGCGGAAACGGCGCUGGGGCUUGCGCCUGGAGGUAUGUAUCAGCCUGCUUUCGGGUUCAUCACACAACCUCGCCAGACUACCGAGGAGUCUAUGAAAGCGGACCGGUACGCGAGAGCUAUGGCUGGUAUGGCGAAGCGAAGACAACUCAGCGUAGAGCAUUUGGUAUCUGGGUUUGACUGGUCAAGUCUUCCUUCUGGCUCAACCGUCGUCGAUGUAGGGGGUGGUAAUGGACAUUGUUCGAAGGCCGUCGCAUACUGUAAUCCGACCCUGAAAUUCAUUGUCGAGGAUGCGAAUGAAGCGUUUGCUGCAGGUGUAGGCGUGGACGAGCUAGGGGAUCGUCUGCAGUUCGUGACCUACGACUUCUUCACACCACAGACUGUUAUAGGGGACGUGUAUCUGCUUCGACGCAUACUGCACCAUCAUUCAGACCAAGAUGCCGUGCGUAUCUUGCAAGCUCAACUUGGCGCAGUGAGGAAGAAACCUGGUUCCAAAAUCGUAGUCAUGGAUAACAUUGCGAUUCAUAGCGGUACACUGAGUACGCUUGAGGAGCGCAAGACCAGGUAUGUAACCCGCCCAGCCUGCCCGACCUGAUCGCUCAUGAUUCCGAAUUAACCUUGUUCCUCCAGGACUUUGGAUAUCGCGAUG